AUGCAACUCGACUCUUCGCGUCCAAACCGUCGCCCGGAAAAGCAUCAGCACCAGGUUCAGAAGCCUCGUGAGAUCAGCAAUCGCAGCUUGAUGACUUACAAGUUUGAACGCCUGCUCACCAGCAAACUCCACUCACUUGAAGACACCCUGCGUACAAUCGAAUCCAGUAUCGAUUGUGCAGUUCAAGAAAGAGUUGCAGAGGCAGUUCAGAAUCUUAUGGAGAGCGAUAUGAUUCAGAAUAUGAUUGAUCGUCGCGUUCAAGCCAUUCUAGCAGAAUCAACAACACCACCAGCAACACCAGUCUCUCCAACACAGACCAUCUCUACUCGUUCCACAUUGGCGUCAGAUUCAGAAGAGACCAUCUCCUGUGCGUCGUCUACUAGCGCUGAUGAGGAAGUCGCUUCGUGCUCCGGACUCUCUGACCCAAUCCCAACACAAAGCGCACCACACUACCCGAAUAAAUGGGAGUUCAUCUCAUGUCUACAUCCAGGAGAGGUCACCAACUUCAAAUUGGAGCAAUUUACGGAUCCAGUCAGAACUUCUUUGAAAAUGACAUCAGAUCAGGAUAUCUUCCCGAGAAUGUCACUGGAAGAAAUGAUUGAACGAGAUCAUCCAACGACGUCUGACAGUAAGAUGUUCGAUGAGAAAAAGAUCUCUUGCCGGAAUCGCACACAAGGAAAACAUCUGACAGAUGAGGAGUUCUUCUGUUUGGCGCCAUGUUGUAGUGAUAUGAGAUUGUAUCAAGCAGCGUCCUGCCCGUUCCUUCCAGCAUUCGUCAGAAACCGAUUGAACAAGUCGGAAGACUGCAAAGUGAUAGUGCAAAGGACAGCUAAUGGUAUCGAACUGAUAACACCAAUCAAGUGGCAGCUAGUGACACCGGUCAUUCCGGAUCAGAAGACAAUGCCACCAGAUGUUCCGGAAGAGGAGGAUGUGGAGUCGAUAGAAGAGGAAGAUCCGCUCUCAAAUCGAGACGUCGUUGAACAAUUAAUGCACGAGUACUUCAUUCCAACACCGCACCUGCCGCUCGACGACAUCGUCUUCGGUCCGUAUCUUCAACGGGUUCGCGAGUCGGAUGCGGUUCCCAAGAAUUUACUUCGUGAUCUUGUGCGGCGGGUCAACUCAAACUUGGACAGCAGCUACCGAAGUCAUCACGAGCUGGAGUUGUUCGCCGAGCUGGACAAAGUGCCGAUCGACGAGAAAUACGGUCGUCUGCCGUUCAUGCCGAUGGGCAACUAA